AUUUCCGCAACCUCCCUGCAUUUUCUGUUUGCUCUAGAAAAUCCAACACUUGAAUCGUUUUUGAUCUGGUACCAUGGCGACCCAGAAACCCCAGCGAUCGCCGGAAGAGAUUGAGGACAUAAUCCUCCGCAAAAUCUUCCUCGUAACACUCACAGAGAACCCAGGAGUCACCGCCUCCGAUCAGCGUGUCGUCUACCUCGAGAUGACAGCUGCUGAAAUGCUCAGCGAAGGCAAAAGCCUCAGACUUUCUAGGGAUUUGAUGGAAAGGGUUCUCAUUGAUCGACUAUCCGGAGACUUCCCCAACGUGGAGCCUCCUUUCGAGUAUCUUGUGGGGUGUUACCGACGUGCCCAUGAAGAAUCGAAGAAGAUUUCCAAUAUGAAGGAUAAGACAGUGCGGGCUGAAAUGGAGUCCGUAACCAGGGAGGCUAAGAAACUAUCGGUUUCCUAUUGCAGGAUCCAUUUGGGGAAUCCUGACUUGUUUAAUUCGGGGAAUUCAGUGAAUACUAACUCUAGUAAUUGGUCUUCUUCACAUUCGCCUCUGUUGCCAUUAAUUAUCUCUGAGGUUUCCACCGGAGUGAUUGAUGGGUUUGGUGGAAUUGAGGGCGGCAGUAGGGUGCAGUGUCCGCCAGGGUUUUUGGAGGAGUUCUUUAGAGAUUCGGAUUUCGAUAGCCUGGAUCCUAUUCUGAAAGGGUUGUAUGAGGAUUUGCGGGGUAGCGUCUUGAAAGUUUCUGCUUUGGGGAACUUUCAGCAGCCGUUGAGGGCGUUGUUGUUUCUGGUUAGCUUCCCAGCUGGUGCCAAGAGCUUGGUGACUCAUCGCUGGUGGAUUCCUAAAGAGAUUUAUAUGAAUGGGCGUGCUAUUGAAAUGACGAGCAUUUUGGGUCCAUUCUUCCAUGUUAGCGCUUUGCCUGAUCAUACUAUUUUCAAGAGCCAGCCUGAUGUGGGCCAGCAGUGCUUUUCAGAAGCAUCAUCUCGUAGGCCAGCUGAUUUGCUGUCUUCAUUCACCACAAUCAGGACUGUCAUGAACAACCUAUAUGAUGGCGUGGGAAAGUUGCUCAUGUCUCUUCUUAAAAAUAGUGAAACCCGAGAGAAUGUACUUGAGUUCCUUGCUGAGGUUAUCAACAAAAACUCAUCCAGGGCCCAUAUACAGGUUGAUCCUCUAUCUUGUGCAAGUUCAGGCAUGUUUGUCAAUCUCAGUGCUGUUAUGCUUCAACUUUGUGAACCAUUUUUAGAUGCAAAUUUAUCAAAGAGAGAUAAAAUUGACCCAAAAUAUGUCUUCUGCAGUAAUCGUUUAGAUAUGAAGGAGCUGACUGCUUUACAUGCAACAUCAGAAGAAGUUGCUCGAUGGAUUGACAAAGAUAAUCCUCUGAAGACUGAUGGAUCUAGACAACGAGUAGAUGGUGAAGAUCGUUUGCUUCAAUCUCAUGAAGCUACCACUUCUGGGAGCAGUGCUUCUGGGCUUGCUCUUCACAAUAUGAAGCCAUUAUCAAGUAGGGAGCAAAAAACUAAAUACCAUUUUAUUUGUGAAUGCUUCUUCAUGACUGCUAGGGUGCUUAACCUGGGCCUAUUAAAAGCCUUCUCCGAUUACAAGCAUGUGGUUCAGGACAUUUCAAGAUUUGAAGACACUCUUUCCACAUUAAAAGCCAUGGAAGGGCAGGCACCUGGUCGACAACUCCAGCAGGAAAUAUCUCAACUUGAGAAAGAGAUAGAGCUAAAUAACCAGGAAAAGUUUUGUUAUGAAGCUCAGAUAUUCAGAGAUGAGGCACUUAUUCAGCGGGCACUUUCAUUCUAUCGGUUAAUGAUAAUUUGGUUGGUUGAUCUGGUUGGUGGAUUCAAAAUGCCUCUACCAUCUACUUGUCUGAUGGAAUUUGCUUGUAUGCCUGAGCAUUUUGUGGAAGAUGCCAUGGAAUUGCUUAUUUAUGGUGCUCGGAUCCCAAAAGCUUUGGAUGGGGUCCCACUGGAUGACUUUUUAAAUUUCAUAAUUAUGUUUAUGGCUAGUCCAAAUUAUAUCAAAAACCCUUAUUUAAGAGCUAAAAUGGUUGAAGUUUUGAAUUGCUGGAUGCCACGUGGAAGUAAUUCAUCUGCUAUGUCAACACUAUUUGAAGGACAUCAAUUGGCUCUAGAAUAUCUUGUGAGGAAUCUUUUAAAGCUGUAUGUGGAUAUUGAGUUCACAGGUUCUCAUACACAGUUCUAUGACAAGUUUAACAUCCGCCAUAAUAUAGCAGAACUUCUUGAAUAUCUGUGGCAGGUCCCUAGUCAUUGUAAUGCUUGGAGACAGAUUGCUAAGGAAGAGGAAAAGGGUGUUUAUCUGAAUUUCUUAAACUUCCUGAUUAAUGAUAGCAUUUACCUCCUUGAUGAAAGCCUGAACAAAAUUCUUGAACUUAAAGAGAUUGAGGCUCAGAUGUUAAACACAGCUGAAUGGGAGCGCAGGCCAGCUCAAGAGAGACAAGAGAGAACCAGACUAUUCCACUCCCAGGAGAAUAUUGUCAAGUUCCUUGCAAGCUUAUCAAGUUCAAGAACGAACACAAAUCUACACAACUAACUAGUAGCUCUACUAAAAGCGAUAGGAAAAUCUCUAUUUUUGUUCUUGAACUUCAAGAUUUAUCAGCCAUAAAUAGAUAGAAACGAAUUAAAUUUGAGAAAUGUAAGUCUUUUCUGUCCUUUGCAUCUAUAAUUUUUUCCUUAGGAGACUAAAUUGAAGCAGCAAUAAGUAAUAAUCAAUACUUCAAGAUUGAGAAAACUUCAGUCUUCCAAACUUUAACCCCAUUUUUUUUGCAUGUAGUCCAACAAGGAUUCUUGGGAGGCAGUUUCUGAACAAAUUACAACUGUGAAUCCUGUAUUAUGCAGCUGAUCUUUCCAUUACAGCUUCGAAAAAGGCAUUGCUGCUUUCUGCUUCGCAUAUUCAUGUGCAAUGAUCAACGCACUCUUGCUGUGACGCAAUGAGAACUCUGCGAGUAAGAUUUGUUGUUCUUCCUCUGUCAGAUCACCAUGCCGACCCUGUAAUUGGAAUGAUGCAACUACUACCAUUAUUAUUAAAGCAGGUAAGGAACUUCUUCGAUUGCAAAUGCCAGAAGCAUAGCAUUUCAAAACCCAUGCUUGAAGAUAAAGCAUCUGGUAUUUAGCAAAUAUUAUCCUUCCCAAGGAAAUUCACAAGGAAUAAACGCCAACGGUUAUGGCAUAAUGAAUGAAGAACAAGAAC